AUGUCUACCGAAACUACCGACGCCUGGUCUUCUCAGACUCCGCAGAAAACCACCUACAGAGUUCCCAAACCCAAGCCAGCCUAUUAUCCCCAUGCUGGCUCGCCUCUCUAUGCUGACAGAGAGCUCUACACCAGGAUUGCCGAGGCUCCUCGGACAUUGGUUGAGAAAUACAGGUGUGAACCACGUUCUGCCAUCGCCGUCAAGAUCCCAGCCAAGUCUGUCUUCAGAAUCACUACUCCAGAAGGGCCUCAGGUGUGCGAUUUGAACAUUUGGAACUUGCACAAUCCUCGAGAGAGGUUCUGGGCUGCCCGUACUAGACAAUUGCACUCAGCCCAUGUUUCCACUUUCGACAGGUUGUGGUCCAACUUGCCCUACUUGCGUCCGUUGGUAACAAUCACAGCAGACUCUCUUCUGGCCAGACAUGACGAAUGGGGUGGAAGAGUGCACGACACCUUGGGAACAAGAUGCGAUCCUUAUGUCGACAAACUUAUCAGUGGAGAAGACAACGACUUUCACUGUCACUCCAACUUGACCAGAGCUGUGUUGCCUCAUGGAUUGACUGAGUUCGACGUACAUGAUGUAUUGAACGUUUUCCAAGUCACCGGCUUGAACGAAUACGACCAGUAUUUCAUGGAAGCAUGUCCAGCUACAAAGGAUGACUACUUUGAGUUGUAUGCUGAACAGGAUUUGUUGGUGGCUAUUUCUGCAUGUCCGGGUGGAGACUUAUCCCAAUGGGGUUGGGGUGAAGACAGCGACAACUUGGAGGGUCUGAAGAUGGUCGAUUGUUGUAGACCUUUGGGUAUUGAAGUGUAUAAGAUUGACGAUGAAAAUGAAGUGUUGAAAAAGUGGAAGGCCCCUGAAGUCGUCAACUACAAGGGUAACCACGGUCUCAAGGGUCCAUAA